AUGUGGGAACCAAGCAUUAAUGGUGUGGGACCCAUUACCCAGACAGGAACCAUUACCCAGAAAGGAACCAUUAGUGGUGCAGGAACCAUUACCCAGGCUGGAACCAUUAGUGGUGCAGGAACCAUUACCCAGGCUGGAACCAUUACCCAGGCUGGAACCAUUACCCAGGCUGGAACCAUUAGUGGUGCAGGAACCAUUACCCAGGCUGGAACCAUUAGUGGUGCAGGAACCAUUACCCAGGCUGGAACCAUUAGUGGUGCAGGAACCAUUACCCAGGCUGGAACCAUUACCCAGGCUGGAACCAUUACCCAGACAGGAACCAUUACCCAGACAAGAACCAUUACCCAGACAGGAACCAUUACCCAGACAGGAACCAUUAGUGGUGCAGGAACCAUUACCCAGACAGGAACCAUUAGUGGUGCAGGAACCAUUACCCAGACAGGAACCAUUACCCAGACAGGAACCAUUACCCAGACAGGAACCAUUACCCAGACAGGAAUCAUUAGUUAUGAGAUUACCAUUAACCAAAUGAGUACGAGCCAGAUCCAGAGAGAUCCUGGUACCACCCUCACCCUGGUUGCUGGUACCACCCUCACCCUGGUUGUUGGUACCACCCUCACCCUGGUUGUUGGUACCACCCUCAUCCUGGUUGUUGGUACCACCCUCACCCUGGUUGCUGGUACCAUCCUCACCCUGGUUGCUGGUACCACCCUCACCCUGGUUGUUGGUACCACCCUCACCCUGGUUGCUGGUACCACCCUCACCCUGGUUGCUGGUACCACCCUCACCCUGGUUGCUGGUACCACCCUCACCCUGGUUGCUGACACCACCCUCACCCUGGUUGUUGGUACCACCCUCACCCUGGUUGCUGGUACCACCCUCACCCUGGUUGUUGGUACCACCCUCACCCUGGUGGCUGGUACCACCCUCACCCUAAGUGUUGGUACCACCCUCACCCUGGUUGCUGGUACCACCCUCACCCUGGUUGUUGGUACCACCCUCACCCUGGUUGUUGGUACCACCCUCACCCUGGUGGCUGGUACCACCCUCACCCUGGUUGCUGGUACCACCCUCACCCUUGUUGCUGAUACCACCCUCACCCUGGUUGCUGGUACCACCCUCACCCUUGUUGCUGAUACCACCCUCACCCUGGUUGUUGGUACCACCCUCACCCUGGUUGUUGGUACCACCCUCACCCUGGUUGCUGGUACCACCCUCACCCUGGUUGCUGGUACCACCCUCACCCUGGUUGUUGGUACCACCCUCACCCUGGUUGUUGGUACCACCCUCACCCUGGUUGCUGGUACCACCCUCACCCUGGUUGUUGGUACCACCCUCACCCUGGUUGUUGGUACCACCCUCACCCUGGUUGCUGGUACCACCCUCACCCUGGUUGCUGGUACCACCCUCACCCUGGUUGCUGGUACCACCCUCACCCUGGUUGCUGCUACCACCCUCACCCUGGUUGCUGCUACCACCCUCACCCUGGUUGCUGGUACCACCCUCACCCUGGUUGUUGGUACCACCCUCACCCUGGUUGCUGGUACCACCCUCAACCUGGUUGCUGGUACCACCCUCACCCUGGUUGCUGGUACCACCCUCACCCUUGUUGCUGAUACCACCCUCACCCUGGUUGUUGGUACCACCCUCACCCUGGUUGUUGGUACCACCCUCACCCUAAGUGUUGGUACCACCCUCACCCUGGUUGCUGGUACCACCCUCACCCUGGUUGCUGGUACCACCCUCACCCUGGUUGCUGGUACCACCCUCACCCUGGUUGUUGGUACCACCCUCACCCUGGUUGCUGGUACCACCCUCACCCUGGUUGCUGGUACCACCCUCACCCUGGUUGCUGGUACCACCCUCACCCUGGUUGCUGGUGAGAGGUUCCUCUAG